AUGGCGGACCGGCGGCGGCAGCGCGCCUCGCAGGACAGCGAGGACAGCGAGGGCUCGGCGGCCUCCGACAGCGCCGGCUCCGCGCCCGGCUCCCCCCGCUCCGCCCGCUCCCGCUCGGGCUCCGGAUCCCGCUCCCGCUCCCGGUCCGGCUCGCCCCGCCUGUCGCACCGCCCGCCGCGCGGUGCGGCGGGGGCCCUCGGCGCUGGGCCGCGGGGCCGAGGGGCCGAGAGCGGCGGUGGGGCGGGGGGGAAGAGCGCGGCCGAGUCGGAGUGUGAAAGUGAGGAUGGCAUCGAAGGAGAUGCUGUGCUCUCUGACUAUGAAAGCGCCGAGGACUCGGAGGCAGAGGAAGAGGAUUACAGCGAGGAAGAGAGCUCCAAGGUGGAGCUGAAGCAGGACAGCAACGAUUCCUGCGAGUCGGCGGCCAGAGGGGAGAAGGGGAAUGAGAAGGUGGAUCCCAAGGGAGCGGUGACGGGCGAGCGGCAGAGCGGGGACGGGCAGGAGAGCACGGAGCCUGUGGAGAAGAAAGUUGGGAAGAAGGUUCCCAAGCACCUGGAUGAUGAUGAGGAUCGGAAGAACCCGGCGUACAUUCCACGCAAGGGGCUCUUCUUUGAGCACGACCUCCGAGGGCAGACGCAGGAGGAGGAGGUCAGGCCAAAGGGUCGUCAGCGGAAGCUGUGGAAGGACGAGGGGCGCUGGGAACACGACAAGUUCCGUGAGGAUGAGCAGGCCCCCAAGACCAGGCAGGAGCUGAUCGCGCUCUACGGAUACGACAUCCGGUCAGCCCACAACCCCGACGACAUCAAACCCCGGAGGAUGCGCAAACCACGGUUUGGUAGUCCCCCUCAGCGAGACCCCAACUGGUCCAACGAGAGGCCCCCCAAGCCCCCGAGGCACCAGGGUGCCAAGAGCCCCUCGGCUCCCCCACGGUCCUUCAACAGCCGCAGCUCUGCCAGCACUGGCAGGAUGCCCCCUGCCAGGAACUACCCCAGGGUGGGGGGCUACAAGGAGACCCGUCCAGGCUACCGGGCUUCAGAGGCAACUGUCCUGCACCGGAAUGGGGAACAAGCCAAGCCAGAGAGCAGCUACCGUGGGAAGCACGCAGAGCAGAGCCCGUCAAGGGACACAUCCCCUGAGCUGGAGGUGGGACAUGUCCACGGCAGCCCUGGCAAGGAGGAGGGGGCUCUGGAAAACCAAGCCACAGGUGCUGAUGCUGUGCAGCCACCACCGGACAGACCAGUCGAGAAGAAAUCUUAUUCCCGGGCAAGAAGGACCAGAGUCAAGGCUGGGGAGGCAGGGAAGCUGGCUGAGGAAGUGCCUGCUUCUGAGGGGCUGGCUCCUGUGAUUCCAAAACCCACACCAGCUGAGACCUCCCCCCCGCCAGCCAAGAGCAACUGGGAGUCACCCGUGGAAUCCAGCGUGGAUGGACUUGAGCAGGAGAUGACCCAGAUGAACCUGACAGAGCAGAACUGGAACCCGGGGCAGUCCCAGUUCAUCCCGCCCCGGGAGCUGAGGGGUAUUCCCAACCAUCUGCACGUGGGAACUGGGCCACCGCCGCAGUUUAACCGGAUGGAGGAGAUGGCAGUGCCGGGGGGCCGUGUGAAGCGCUACUCGUCGCAGCGGCAGAGACCCCCUGUGCCGGAGCCAGCGCCCCCCAUGCACAUCAGCAUCGUGGAAGGGCACUACUAUGACCCAUUACAAUUCCAGGGACCAAUCUACGCCCACGGUGAGAACCCAGCCCCGCUGCCGCCCCAAGGGAUGAUUGUGCAGCCGGAGAUGCACCUCCCUCAUCCAGGUUUACACCCUCACCAGACGCCCCCUGCCAUGGCAAACCCCGGCCUCUACCCCCCACCAGUGUCCAUGCCCCCGGGCCAGCCCCCGCCGCAGCAGCUGCUCACUCCGACUUACUUCUCCGCCCCUGGAGUGAUGAAUUUCGGGAAUCCUGGCUACCCCUACCCCCCUGGAGCUCUGCCCCCUCCGCCCCCUCCUCAUCUCUAUUCCAACACGCAGGCGCAGUCCCAGGUGUAUGGGGGGGUCACCUACUACAACACUGUCCAGCAGCAGGUGCAGCCCAAGCCCUCCCCGCCCCGCCGGACAUCCCAGCCUGUGACCAUCAAGCCACCCCCUCCAGAGCUUCUCGUUGCAGGUGGUAAGCAGGGCUCCAGUUAAUUUGAGUUACUUAAAUCUUUAAAACUAAAACCACGUAAAAAGUAAGUCUGAAGUUGACUUUUUUUUAUUUUAUUUGUUCAGGGUAGAAAACAGGACAAUUUUGAGAGGGAAAAGUCCAGCCCUGGCUGGAGGAGCUAGGAGGCAGGGAGUUCUCUGGAGGGAUAAAUGUUGAGAACUCAGCAGAUAAUUCAGGCAGUAGAGUUAAAGGUUUUUCAGGUUGUGAGUGCUUCCCUGUACUGGGAAUGGUCUCCUCGCUCCAGUGCUGUGAGCUGUGCAUGUGUGAGCGUGCUGGAAUGCCAUGUGUGUUUUUGGUUUCCCUUUCCAUACUUUCUUCACGUAUGGGAGCCAAGCAAGCCCAGACCCGGGCAGGCAUGUGCCGGUGGGUUCCUGUACACGGGGAGGGCUGAGAAGCAAAUUGUCUCAUGGAGGGGCCCUGAAAAGGCCUUGUGAUGGAAAAAUCUGGAACCAUGAGGAGAGGUUG